GAGGAGGAGCGGGCUCAGGUGCAGGCAGUCAUCGCACGGGGGGAGCAGGGAGACAGCGGCAGCCUCUCCAGCCGCACCGUGGUAACAGGACUCCCUGUCAAGUAUUGGACAUAGCUUGAGGAUGCGUGUAGCCAAGGUAUGCCAGAGGUGAUGCACUGAUGCUGAGGAGGCAUCAACAGCUAUGGGACUCUAAUCCUCUCACAUGUAAGCACUGACAGUGUCUGCAAAGAGAGACCGUGAGACGCUGAAGCAGAGUUUAGCUGCUGUUCAGCAGGUUGCCUGCUCACUAAGGCUCAGAUUGCACUGUUCCCUAAGCACAAAACAUGAACCUGUCCCGAUGGAUUGAUUGGAGGACUCUGAAUAUGAGCAGUAGUGUUAUGAACAUAUCUGAGCACCUCUCCUGCCCUCUUGGAUUUGGUCACUACAAUGCAGUUGACAUCUGUAUCCUUGAGACAGUUGUUAUUGUCUUGCUAACAUUUUUAAUCAUUGCGGGUAACUUAACUGUGAUAUUUGUUUUCCACUGUGCUCCACUCCUGCAUCAUUAUACCACCAGCUACUUUAUUCAGACCAUGGCCUAUGCUGAUCUUUUUGUUGGAGUCAGCUGCUUGGUUCCUACUUUGUCACUGCUCCACUACUCAACAGGUGUCCACGAGUCCUUGACUUGUCAAGUUUUUGGAUACAUCAUCUCUGUGCUCAAAAGCGUUUCUAUGGCAUGUCUUGCUUGCAUCAGUGUGGAUCGCUAUCUCGCUAUAACAAAGCCUCUCUCCUAUAACCAACUGGUCACACCUUGUCGCUUAAGAAUCUGCAUCAGUCUCAUCUGGAUAUACUCUUGCGUGAUCUUCUUGCCUUCUUUUUUUGGUUGGGGAAAACCUGGUUACCAUGGAGAUAUUUUUGAAUGGUGUGCUAUCUCCUGGCUAACUAAUGCCUACUUUACUGGCUUUAUCGUGUGCUUGCUGUACGCUCCUGCUGCCUUUGUCAUAUGUUUCACCUAUUUUCACAUCUUUAAAAUUUGCCGGCAGCACACCAAAGAGAUCAGUGAUCGGAGAGCUCGAUUUCCUAACCAUGAGGGGGAUACUGCUGAGGAGACUGGGCACAGCCCCGACCGCCGCUAUGCCAUGGUUUUGUUCCGGAUAACCAGCGUGUUCUACGUGCUGUGGCUUCCUUAUAUCAUAUACUUUCUGCUGGAAAGCUCUAGGGUGCUGGAAAACCCAGCACUCUCCUUCCUAACUACAUGGCUUGCUAUAAGCAAUAGUUUCUGCAACUGUGUGAUAUAUAGCCUCUCCAACAGUGUUUUCAGGCUGGGACUACGGAGACUAUCGGAGACAAUAUGUUCAUCUUGUAUGUGUUCCAAAGACAGGGAUGUACGAGACCCUAAACCAAGGAAACGGGCUAAUUCCUGCUCCAUUUAAAGAAAACUGGUGCAUGUAGUCAGAUGCUGAGUUUUGAUAGUAUUUGUGGUGUCUGAAAACUUGCCAGCGAGAAACGUUGACUUGAACAGCUUGCUGUGGUGUCAGAGUGAAUUUAAAAGGGGCCCUGGAAAAGGCAAAGGCAGCUGUAGGAAGGGUCACUGAACUCUUGUGAGAUUGUUGGGAGAGCAAGAGAGAUGAUGAAGAAAGUCAGAAAUAAAAAUCUUCCAAAGGACAUGAAGUAACUAGCACAUCAGAGGAAGUUCCUUGUAAAACAAAUUAAUUAGUUACUAUCUUGCAUUUUCCCCCUCAUAGACAAGUUGUAGCCUUCAGAAUUUUAAUACUUUCAAGAGGAAGCAAUCAACAGCACAUUUUACAGUUAUCUGUGAAUUAUAUGCUUGAGGACUGUCGUAGAUAUUGCAGGUAAUAGUCAGCUCUAUCUUUGCUCACCUAUAAUGUGACGAUUUUCAGUUGCACAAAAAGUCUGCAGUGCAUAAACCAUACCACGGGCAUGACACUUUGGGAUAUUCUGGAACCUUUUGGUACAACUUACACAGAAGCUCUCUCUCUCAUUUCCCUUUUUGUCCCAUGCUUGCAUCCCUCCAUUCCAUUGUGUGGAGGUGAGUGAGUUUGAGGGCACCUGUGAGGUAACCUGGAUUCGAAACCAUUCUUUCUGCAGGAAGUAAUAGCCCUCCUUGCCUGGCUGCAGCUGCCUGUGUACAAGGAUUUCUCCAGUCAUUCAAUCUCUUGACCUAGUUCAAUCAGCACAUGGUGUUGAUGUCGUGCCCUUUAUGGUGUACUGAAGCUUUUCCUUACUGGUUCCACAGAUGCUCCUAAUGCAGAUAUAUGCAGUGUGCAGCACUAUUUAAAAAAUUAAAACUAACUGACCCUUUUCUUUGGGAAAUCUAAAGAACUUACUGUUGAAGAUGUCAGUCUGUUGUAUGAGCCUCACUUGCACCGUAUUUUUUUAAAGAGAGAACGUAAAUUGUGGGCUGUGCCUAAUGUUUUCAUAGCACAUGGAGUAGGUCAAUGCUACAGGAUCAAAAUUUUUAUACUUGCUUUAAGAGAAAUACUUCUGUGCAGCUCUUUCAGACAGGUGUUCUCAGAGAAGGUGAACAAUAGAGUUCAGUGUUGAAUACAGGCUGAGCUUCGGUAUGUCCUUUUGUACUGAACUGACUUUCAGGUCCACUGAUGAAAUCUUUUUUGAUUUUGUGAGGGCACACAUUAGGUUUGUGUAAUAAAUUGCCAGUGGUUCAGAUGCAUGCCAGUCAAUACAGUAUUUAAAUUAUAACUUUGAACCAAAUGUAAUUUUCUUAGAUGGUUAUUGGCUUUUUAAAAAGGCCCAAUUAUUGAUUAUUGGUGCCUUUUAACACUGCACUAUUAUUCCUUCUUUCACCAAAAUGUGUAUGUAAAGACUGUGCCUAUUACUUUUUGUAAUGAAAGCUGACCACAUGUUCACAUUUGUGGUUUGACACUACAGUUCCCUUAAUACUGUACUCUUUGUUCUGUUGAGGUGGUUCUGAACCCCUAUAAAUUUUUUUAAACCUGUAAGAAAGUUGAAAUAAUGGAAUAAAGUAGUAUCAUGUCAAUC